AUGGGCAUCAACAUUGUUUUUUUGACAAAGCAAAAGAAAACGGCUAACUGCAGAGGAACACCUGACACCAACGUUAUUCUUUACUUCUCUGUAUACAGAACAUGCGAUGCCGUUUUCGCGCAAUGCCCAUGUUUGUUUCCAACUCCGGGCCCCACCUUUUGGUAUCGUCUUUUCAAACUGGCGCCACCACCACCUCCAUCACAAGGACUAUCACCAGGAUUUAGACCACCUCCACCACCAAUAUCUGGAUCAUUAUCCCCUCCUCCGCCUCCCAUGACAAAUGGUCCCAGGACUAUGCCUCCUGGUGGAACCCCAGCUGCCCCACCACCUCCCCCUGGUGGCAGUGGAACAAUGGCAAAUUUCACUCCUGGUGCUUAG